AUGUUGCUUAUCCUGGCUUUCUGCAGCGACUGGACAAGAUGCGGUUUCCCAUUUAUUGCCCUAGGCUUCUUGUUUACAUUCAUUGGCUUUAUCAUCUACGCUACUAUUGAUGUCAAGAUAGACUUGAAUGUCGCUUACUUCGCGUGCUUCAUGAUGACCUGGGGCACAUCGGCCCCAUCUGUCUUGCUUGACGUCUGGUAUAAUAACAACAUUGCUAGUGAGAGCCGCCGUGUUGUUCUGACAUGUAUCUCUGUCCCAGUGGCCAACCUAAUGGGAGUUGUGAGCUCCAACAUUUUUCGCGACCAUGAUGCGCCGACAUACCUCCCGGCUUUGAUCACCCUUGCUGCAUUUGGUGGAACUGGAGUUAUCCUGACCUUGUGUCUUAGUUUUUGGAUGAUAAUGGACAAUAAGAGGCGAGACACAGUACAGGGUAUUAAUUUAAAAGCUGAAGACAUCCCGACAGAGUCUCUCCAGGAUGGGCCUGCCAGUAUAGACUUCCGAUGGUUUUACUAA